AUGACACGCUUGCCAGGACCAUUGAAGCAUGGCCCCUGCGCAAGGACGACACGCCACACGUUGUGGCUCAAGCAUGGUGCACAAAUCGAGAAGUGUACCAAGGUGAUGAGCCCAAACGCUCCACCGCAAUCCCUUUCUGCAGCGAGUGCUUCAGUGGCACCACAGCUUCAGCACUUCGACGAGCCGUCAUCAGAAAAUGUGGUACGUAUGAGGAUGCAGCAGAUGUUGCAGAUUCAGGCGCCAGCCGAAGUUCUGAGAUUGCUUCAAUCAUCAGCUGCAGUAGUGGCAGACGCUAAGACCAUCAAGGACGUGCAGAGCAAUGUUCGUUUGGUGGCUCAGGAGCUUGAGGCAAGAACAGAACGAUUGGCAUCGUGCUUGUCGGGAAUUACCGGGGACCUAGAUGGGGUGAAACAUCAAUCAGAGCGUCAGGUCACCUUUGAGUCUACGAUGGAGACUCGGUUGGGUGCCCUUGAGAAUCAGAUCAUACAGUUGAGAGCUCAGGCUGCAUCAGCGGACGCGCUGAAAGAUGAAGUGGUUUCGAUGAAAGCUACAUUGUCAAGGCUUGAGCAUCAGCAACCCGAGAUACAACAAAGCGCGCAGACCAAGAGUGAAGAGAGUGAGACCCGCAUUCAGCGCAGAAUUGACGAGAUGGAUGUGUUGUUGAAACAUUUCUUCGAACGUGUGGAUGGAAAUGAGAAACUCUGUGAGAAGCUUAGACAGCGGUCGGAGGAUUUCACCAGCCGCUUUGAAACCUUGCAAACUCACGUUGAUGCGGGGUUUAGUUCGGAAUCCAGAGCUUUACCACGUCGUCCUCAACUUCAGAUGCCCCAGCAGAUUGCAGAGGAGGUGUCCGAUGAAAGGUUUGAGGAGGAGGCGAAGGCUCAGGAGAUCAUUGAAACACCAAAGCAUCGCACAGCGUCAGGUGUCCAGAUGUUCCAGAUGACUCCCCAGCGUGACGGAGCCGAUGAUUCAUGGCAGAGGGAUGCUGUUGAUGAGUGGCUGGAACAAGUAGAGGAACCUCAGGUUGUGAAAUCUGUUCCUGCGGAGCCUCCAGGUCUAGGAAGUUCUGGUGCAAAGAUUCCGGCGGGACAAUGGAAAUUGAUCAAAGAUUUUCCCAAACUCACGAUUCCUCACGGAGCUGCUUGCUACACUCAGGAGGUGGAGACUGGCCAAGCAACACAUGAAAAGAUUUCAAACAAAGGGAAGGAGGCCAAAGGCAAGAGCGGCAAAGCUAAGGCGAAGGCUGACAAAAAGGCGGCCAAAGCGGCAGCAGAAGCAGCAGCAUCAGCUAAGGGUGAUACGCCAGAGUGGUCGGAAGUAGAGCGUGGCGAUUUCUCCAGUGCAGAGCCUUCUUCAGAGGAAGAGUUUCAGGCUGAUGAAGAUCAGCACCGGCAGGUGCAACCACUUCGUCUAUGGGUGUUAAACCUGACGAUUGAAGAUUUCAUCAUGUGGACGAGACCUGGUCACAUUCAGUCACAUGCCACUUCCGAGUUCCAGAUGGAAACCAAUCCAAACUCCAUUAUGUGGCCUGUUUGGUGGACGAUUGAACCGGAUUAUCUUGAUGACAACGAACAAGGAGUGAUCCCUGUGACGGAAGAUGAGGUGAUGUUGAGGUGCGAUGUGACGCCAGUGUUGUUUGAGGAUGGCAUCAUUCGGAAUGUCUUUGUGGUGUGGCUCCUUGAGGAGGAGACUGGAAGAGAGCGCAGGGUUGCAGUGAUUAGAGGGCGAGUUCGUCCCAUUGUCACUCCGUGGCCAAAUCGGGAACUGAGUACAGCAGCCUCAGCAAGCAGUCCUCCAGUUGCGAAGGCACCGACGAUCACGGCUGCAGCUUACGCUUGGAGAGCAAACGAGAUUCAGGUGAUUGAAGCUGUCACCGCAGUACCCAAAGCAGCAGCGAAAGCAGAGUUGAGCGAGGCUGUGUGGAAUGAAGAGGCAUACCGCAUGACAGCCGAAGAGAGCGAGGAGAUCGCAAAGGCAAUUUGGGAGUCAGAUAUGUUGGUGAAUCCAGAUCAAGACCGAGUACAAAUCUGGAUAUUCGGAAUGUUUUGCCACGGGGGAGUUACAGGGAUCACCACUGUUACCCGCGAGCGACCUUUCUUGACAAGGUUACUGGUCAGAUUCAUUAGACAGGAGUUGCCGACUUUGACGUUUACCACGAUCUCACUGGCAAUCGAUGCUACCCUGCGUCCGCACAGAGACCUUACGAACGCUGUGGGAUCAGUGGCGGGAAUCGUGGGAAUUUCCAAAUUUGAGGGUGGCAAGCUGUGGAUUGAAGAUUCAGCUGGCACGGCCAGGAGACGUGUAUCGCAGGAUGAAGUCAAAACUGGAAUGCUGCUAGACGUGUGCCAAAGGGCACACAUCUUUGACCCAAGACGUUGGCACGGAGCUGAUCAACAUCGGGGUGUUCGAUCAACGGUGGUCGGUUACACGGCUAGGCAGCUGCAGCGUCUUGAUCAGGAUAUGACAGACAGGUUGAGACGAUUGGGUUUCAACUUACCAGAGAUUUCAUCCAAGGCCGCAGUUGCAGUCGCGAGUCAGGGCAAGGCCAUAGCGCAUCAAGCAGUCAGUGAGGUCUCAGAUCAUGGAGCCCAGGAGAACAGCAGAGUGCAUCCAGAUGACCUCGAUGAUGAGGAUGAGGGCUCAUCCGUGCAGCCAUGGAGCGUCCGAAGCGCUGCCCACGGUCAUAAGCGCAAGUGCAGGAGAUUGACUCCGGAAGAGAUCGGUGAGGGCACUUUGUCCAUGGACCUGUCAGGUCCCCAUCCGGCCGCAUUUUCAGGACAUCGCUACUUCAUGGUUGCAAACUUGAGCAGAAAGGACGGUGUUGACAUUCCGUUUUCGAGGCUGUUGUUCACCAAACAAACUGAAGAGGUGGCAAAAGCCUUGACCUCUGUGAUGUGCCAGAUUGUAUCGCUUGCUCAGGGUGUUCCCCCAGUGUUCCGUAUCCACAGUGAUGCUGGUAAGGAGUUCGUGGGAGGAGCAUUUCAGAAAGCAGUGGAGCAGUGUUGUGUGUGGCCCACAAUGAGUGCACCAUACACGCCACAGCAGAAUGGUCGGGCAGAGAGGCUUGUAGGAUUGCUUAAGGCAGCGGCGGGAUCCCUGUUGCUGCAUGCGCAAUUCCCUUUGCAAUUCUGGGACGAGGCAGUGCUGGAAGCCACCUUCCUGCGGCGAUGUAGGGCAUUGAAACUUCUGGGACCUAGGGCAGAGGAGGGCCUAUUCCUGGCCAAUGAUGAGCGAACGCCUGGUGGGGCUCGGGUUCUGGUAACACGGGACGGUAGGACCACUGUGCGUGUGACGCAGAUGCCAGUUCUUAGGGAUGUUGAGGCGGUCCGAUGGCGACUUGAGCGAGGCUCCCAAGAUCAAACUGUGUGGGUGAGCACCACUGGGGAUGUGAAAUGGAAUGCUCCACCUUCUGACAUGAUUACGGUCGAAGAGUCGGUAGGGGAAAUCCAGCCGUGGAACGACGGGAAUACUGCAUCUGAGAAGCGCUUCAAAAAACAUUUGGUGCCCGAGGCUGAGAAGCACUUGUUUGGAUUGUUUGGUCAUGGGUUCUUGGUGACUCCAGUGGAAGAAGAACCUGACGGUGAAGCCAGGGUAGGGGUGGUUAAAGCUGAAAGGCCAAAUCCUGAAAACACCAAGACGAAGUAUGUGAUCUAUUCCAACAAGGUGGAACAGCAGAUGAUUAAGGAUGAGGCAACAUCUCAGCGCUUGAUGGUCACAGAAACUGCUGACGCAGGGGUGUUCGUGAAUCCAUCGACUCCGGAGUGGGAGCUCAACAAGUGGAUGGCAGGACUCAACAAGGAGCUAGACACCAUGGAAACCAAGAAUGUGCUGGAGAAAGUUCGGCAGAGCGAGUUCCCAAAGGCAAAGCCGGUUCCGAGAAAGCUGGUGCUAACCAAGAAGCCAAUGGAGGAUUCGGAGGUAAUCAUCAGGUCGGACAUGGGUGCUUCGGAAAUCGCUGCUCUCAUUCAGCAAGCUUGGAAUCCUAGAGUCCGGCUAGUUGCUUGUGGAAACUUCGAGAAGGACUCAAAGGCACAUGAUCCAGAAAACUUUGCAGGAAAUCCAGGUGCGGAGACCGUGAGAAUCUUGCUUUCACUACUGGUGAGGCGUCCUACCAACAUGACGGCGGUGGUCCUGGACAUCUCAUGCGCAUUCCUGAAUGCCAGACUUGAUCGAUGUCCGGAUGCGAAACCGGUGCUCAUUCAGCCGCCGAGUAUCCUGUACAAGCUCGGCCUCCUUGAAAAGGGCUUUAUCUGGCGUGCUCGGAAAGCGAUUUACGGAUUGCGAAGGUCCCCCCGUCAGUGGGAGAUAGAGCGAAAUGGCGAGCUCGAUGGUGUGACAUUAGAGCCGCUUCCUCACCAUGAACACGGACUGCUGAACUUGGAGAGCCUGGAGUCAGGGACAUGGUUGAUUCGGGAUUCGAGUGGCGAGAUCCAGGGCGCAAUGAUCAUGUACGUGGAUGACGCGCUGAUCAUUGGUGAUUUGGAAAUUUGCGCCAGGCUGAAGGCAAAGCUGUCCAGUUUGUGGGACUUGAAGGUUCAAGGAAUCCUCCAAAAUCCUCACAUGAACCUGGUGGUUGGGGAAACAAUCAUGCUGGAAAAUACGCCCGUUAAUGUGAAGGAUGAGCUAUCUUUCCUCGGCAUGAAGAUUGGAAGGGAUGCCACCGGGAUCUACUUGCAUCAACACGCUUGGAUUUCCACAGAGUUAAAGAAACGUGGAUGGAGCACGAUGGGGGGUUGUGAUAAUCUUCCUGAUGUAGAAGAAGGUGUGUGGAUGCCGAAAGAGCAGACGGGUCAGUAUUAUGCGGAUUUGAAGAUGUGUCAGAAGGAGCUGGGUUGUCUACAGUGGGUGUGCCUACGUAGCAGACCGGAUCUGAGUGCAUAUGUUGGCACACUGGCGAGUCUGCAAACCAUUGAUCCUGCAAAGGUUCUUAAGCUUUGCACGCGAGCGUGGAGGUACUUGAAAGGUACCGAACAUGUAAAGCUACACUACGACUACACUGAUGCAGUGAAAGAGUGCUUGAACUGUUAUGGUGAUGCCUCUUGGGCAACAGGAGCAUCCAGGUCCAGAUCAGGCGUAUGGAUUGCAUGGGGAAAUCAUGUAGUGAUGUGGCGGUCUUGUCGUCAAACCACGUGCGCAUGGUCGGCAUUCGAGGCUGAGGUAGAUGCAGCCGCAACCACAUGUCAAAGUGGAGCUCAGAUCAAACACCUGCUGAGUGCAAUCACUGGAGAUCAGGAGAUGUGCUUGUUCAGUGAUAACGCCGCAUGUGUCAUCAACCUGGUGCGUGAAGACGGUGCAUGGAUUACCACGAGAACCAGAACGGUAGGUAUCAGGUGUUCGUAUGUCCGUGAUCAAGCUGUCCUCGAGGGUUUUGACAUUCAGCACAUGUCGGGAAAUGAGCUACCAGCGGAUGCACUGACAAAGACGCUGAAACGAUCGGCUCUGGAAUUAGCCCGAGCUCGCUUGAACCUUCGAUGA